UGAUACUUUACAGCCUGUUCUUCCAUGAUGAAGGCCUUGGAGGAUCAAGUAGUCCAAGAAGAACCAGGAUACCAGGAUGAUGAGGAAUCCUUUUUCCAGGAUAUUGACCUGCUACAGAAGCAUGGAAUUAACGUAGCAGAUAUUAAGAAACUGAAGUCAGUUGGGAUCUGCACGAUCAAAGGAAUCCAGAUGACCACAAGACGGGCACUGUGCAAUGUAAAAGGGCUUUCGGAGGCCAAAGUGGACAAGAUUAAAGAAGCUGCAAACAAGCUUAUUGAACCAGGCUUCCUGACUGCCUCUGAGUACAGUGAAAAACGGAAGAUGGUAUUUCAUAUUACUACUGGCAGCCAGGAGUUUGAUAAACUCCUGGGUGGUGGGAUUGAAAGUAUGGCAAUCACCGAAGCCUUUGGAGAGUUCCGGACAGGCAAAACCCAACUAUCUCACACCCUUUGUGUGACAGCUCAGCUUCCAGGACCAAAUGGCUACACAGGUGGAAAGAUUAUCUUCAUUGAUACAGAAAACACUUUCAGACCAGAUCGUCUCCGUGACAUUGCUGAUCGCUUCAGUCUUGACCACGAUGCAGUACUGGACAACGUGCUGUACGCACGUGCAUACACUAGUGAACACCAGAUGGAAUUGCUUGACUAUGUAGCAGCCAAGUUCCAUGAGGAAGCUGAUAUUUUCAAGCUAUUGAUCAUUGACUCCAUAAUGGCACUUUUCCGUGUGGAUUUCAGUGGUCGUGGGGAGUUGGCUGAACGACAACAGAAACUCGCUCAGAUGCUGUCAAGGCUCCAAAAAAUAUCAGAAGAAUAUAAUGUGGCCGUAUUUGUGACCAACCAGAUGACUGCUGAUCCAGGAGCAACGAUGACCUUUCAGGCAGACCCAAAAAAGCCCAUUGGGGGCCAUAUCCUUGCUCAUGCUUCGACCACCAGGAUUAGCUUGAGAAAAGGGAGAGGGGAGCUGCGUAUUGCAAAGAUAUAUGACAGCCCUGAGAUGCCUGAAAACGAAGCCACGUUUGCAAUAACUGCUGGAGGGAUUGGGGAUGCCAAAGAAUAG